UUCAUAUAACAUUGUUCUCUCCUGAAAAUUUAAACGUCGUUCCCUUCCAAUAUUCCAUUUCCACCAACUCCUCAAUAAAAAAGAAAAAAAGAGACAUUAUUAAUUUGCCGAGAAAUUUCGCAGAUUCUGUAAGUGGGACAAAGUUGAUUGUUUCCAAAACUGAACGAAUCAAUCGAAUUAAAUAGCGCGGCACAGCGCAAAAGGGAAUUAGGUAAUCUGAUCGAGCCCUCUUGCGAGGGUUCGGUCUAUGGUGUUACAGCGAUGAUGCCGGAGAUCGAACCAGCGGCGGAGAACACCGCCCUGUUCGGAAAAUACGAGGUCGGGAGGCUACUUGGUUGCGGGGCCUUCGCGAAGGUGUACUAUGCACGGAACGUGCACACGGGGCAGAGCGUGGCGGUGAAGGUGAUAAACAAGAAGAAGAUCGCCGGAACGGCACUCGAAUCGAACGUGAAGCGCGAGAUCUCAAUCAUGAGCUGUCUCCACCACCCCAACAUCGUGAGGCUCCACGAGGUUCUCGCCACCAAAACCAAAAUCUACUUCGUCAUGGAGUUCGUUAAAGGUGGCGAGUUGUUCGCCAAAAUCUCCAAGGGUCGUUUCAGCGAGGAUCUCGCUCGGCGAUACUUUCACCAGCUUAUCUCCGCCGUAGGAUACUGCCACUCCCGCGGCGUUUACCACCGCGAUUUGAAGCCUGAGAAUCUCUUGCUGGACGAGCACGGUAACCUCAAGGUCUCGGAUUUCGGACUCAGCGCUGUUAAGGGUCAGGUCCGAGUCGAUGGGUUGCUUCACACGCUUUGCGGCACGCCGGCUUACGUGGCGCCGGAGAUUCUGGCCAAGAAGGGCUACGACGGCGCCAAGGUGGACGUUUGGUCGUGUGGCGUUAUCCUCUUUGUUCUUGUUGCUGGGUAUCUUCCAUUCAAUGACCCUAACUUGAUGGUAAUGUAUAAAAAGAUUUACAAAGGGGAAUUUCGGUGCCCACGGUGGAUGUCGCCGGAGCUGCGGCGGUUUUUGUCGCGGUUGCUGGACACGACGCCGGAGACGAGGAUCACUGUCGAUGAGAUUCUCAGGGACCCGUGGUUCCGGAAGGGGUUCAAGGAAGUGAAGUUUCACGAAGAGGAUUUUGGGUCGAAGCUUGAUGGUGAUGAGAAGAUGACGAAUUUGAACGCGUUUGAUAUUAUAUCUUUUUCUUCGGGUUUGAACCUUUCGAGGUUGUUUGACGCGUCGAGCAGCGUUGCGACGGAGGACAGCGAGCGGUUAUUGGCGCGCGAGUCACCGGAGAAGAUUGUUGAGAAGGUGGAGGAGUUUGCGAAGGCGGAGAGUCUCGCCGUGAGGAGGAAGAAGGAGUGUGGGGUUGAGCUGCAGGGGCCUGAUGGUAAUUUCGGAAUUUCUGUGGAGGUUUACCGGUUAACGCCGGAGCUGGUGGUGGUGGAGGCGAAGAGGAGGGUCGGGGAUGCGGUUGUUUUCAAGGAUGUGUGGAAGAACAAGCUGAAGCCUCACCUUUGUGCUGCCGGCAGUGGCACGGCGUCGCAUCAGCACGAAACCGAGUCUUAGCCGGUUUCCGGUAACUGAUGUUUCAGCCCCCCCUCUUUUUAUUUUAUUCAAAAAAUUUGAAAUAAAAUAUUAAAAUAGUUUUGCAAGUUUGAAAUGGUGUUACAGCCAAAAUGUAAUUUUGGUAGGCCAUGGUGUAGUUUAGCACUCAUGGAUUUGGAUCUCAAGUCAAGUGUGAAUUGUGAUGAUGGUUGUGAGUUUAGUGAUUCCAAUACCUGGUUGAUGCUUC